AUGUAUUUCAAUACAGGUAUAAACAAUCUUCAAUAUAUUUGGAAUAAAAAUGAAGGUCAAUGUAAUGUUAUGGUUGAAUCUAAUUUUGAAAAAUUCCAUGAAAAAAUUGAUCUUACAUUAUUAAAUCGUUUACCACGUUCUUUAACGCCAAUUUUAUGGGAAACAAGUUUUGUUUCUGUUUAUUCAAAAAAUAAUCCUAAUUUAUUAUUUAAUAUGUGUGGUUUUGAAUCUUGUCUUUUACCUAAAAGACUGUUCAUACAUGAAGAAUUUGUACAUAAAGAUGAUGUUUGGAAUUUACAAAAUGAAAUAACAAAAGAACGUACAGCACAAUGUUUUUUACAUGUUGAUAAUCAAUGA